AUGGCAGCUCGAGUUCCUGCGCCACCGUGCGAACCAUCACGUCUCGUGUUGGUACCCCCUCCCCCCGACGACAGCGCGCCGAUCGCAGCCCCGCCCGCCUCGAGGCAACCCGCCGUUUCGUCCCCAUCGCCGCAUCGCGAGUCGCCGCGCAGCUCGGCUGACGUGGACGAGGCCUACCCUGACGUGUCCUCGCUCUCAAUUGGCCUGGCAAACAGCACGAUCCCGUCGCUGGAGCAUGCUGACGUGGAAGUGGUGGUUCCCAGGCGAGCGGGCGACGAGCACGAAGCGGGGGGGAGUGGGCGGGGAGGGGGAGGCGGAGAGGGGGAGGAAGGGGCGGAGGGGGGCUUUGCGAGCAUGGAUGCGAUGCUGCAGUGGGCCAUAGAGCGGUCGGACCCGGAGGCGUCGAGGCAGAGAGCCAAGGAGGUGGCGGAACUCACACCCGCGGAGCUGGAGGAGAAGCGAAAACACAUCCGCGACGUGGUGGACGCCAUGCGCAUGCCGUCCCCCGGCGACCUCAUGCGCGCCGCCAUCGCCCACAUCGCCCCCGCUGCUGCUGCUAAUGGGGGGGCGCCAGGGGAGCAAGGGGGAGGGGAGGAGCAUGAGCGCGUGGUGGGGGCGCUGCAGGAGCUGGCGCAGCUGGUGGAGCCCGUGCAUGCCGCCAACGAUCUGCACAAGCUGGGCGGGCUGGCACCGUUGGGGGUGCUGCUGGCGCAUGGGAGCAGCCAGGUGCGCAGCAUGGCGGCGCUGGUGGUGGGCAAGGCGGCACAGAACAACCGCCAAGUGCAGCACCAGGUGAUGGGCACGGGUGUACUCCAAGCACUCUUCACGCGCCUGCACUCACCGCACCCCAACCCCCCGCUGGGCGAGGACGAGCACGCCAGGCUGCUCUUCGCCCUCUCUGCUGCCAUCCGUGGCCACGUGGCAGCCACCCAUUGGUUCUACCGCCACGGUGGUGUGGCCCUGCUGGCGCGCCUGCUGUCCCUGCCAUCCCCCCGCACGCAGCGCCGGGCGCUCUUUCUGCUCGCUGACCUGGCGGAGAGUGCAGGGGCGCGGGCAGGGGGUGGGGGGGAGGGUGGGGACGCGGAGCGGGAGAAAGAGGGGGUGAGAAUUGCCAAAGGGUUGAAGGGUGAGGGGGACAGUGAGGAGGCAAAUAUGGGGGAGAAGCAAGGAGGGGAGGAACAGGGGAAGGAGGAGCAAGGAAGAGAAGAGUGGUUGGCAGAUGAGGCGCUGAUGAGGGCAGUGGUGGGGCUGCUAGGCGGGGGCGAGGGGGAGAGUGUGGAGGGGCGGGGGGCAGUGUGGAGGCGCAGUGAGGACGGCAGCAGCACGUGGGACCUGGACAUGGUGGAUAAGGUGGGACCUGGACAUGGUGGAUAA